AUGAUGGACUGCGCGUCGUCCGGUCCGCUGGACCGCGUGGGCGAUGAGUCGCGUCUGGGGAAAGAACUCAGCCAUCAGGACGAAUUCCUCCUCGACACAGAGGGCAACGCCUUCGCGGACGACCUCGCGGUUUUUCCUUCCUCGCGCGCCUUCCAGCAGACGAGAAACUCGGGCGGCCUGCUCCACUCGUUCGUCGCACAUCCUCCGACCUCGUAUUCGGAGUUCCUCGCCUUUCAAGAGGAAGACUGCGAGAUACCGAGCUUCUCGGCUUCGCUCUGCGUCGCCGAGGAGAGCCCUUCGGCGCUGGCGGCCUCUGCUCACGCGCUGCAGCGCGGCGCGCAGGGCGACCCCACCCUCGGCGCACCGUCGCCACAGGCAUCCUCCGUCUUUCCCUCGCAGGCCAGCGGAGACGACCGGCGGGCAGGCGAGCCUCACAUGCAGGGGGGCAAGUCGCACGCGUGCCCAGGGAACGCGUGGCUUCUCGGAGGCGACGGCAAAGCGUCUCUCCUCGACCCCCACGCGCCGGUUCAAGUCAUCACGGGCUACGAGAACUUUGCGUCGUUCGCGCAGACGCGGAGUUCGCUGACUCCGGGGGUCGCAGGGGAGAGUAGCGAGGCAGUCGACGGCGAGUGCCUGGCGCAGGCGCGCGCGGCCCGCCGGCUCGCCGCCGAGCAUGACAGCGAGGCGGAGAACGAGUUUCGCGACCAGACAGACAGGAAGCAGAGAGAUUUCUUCGCGGCAGCGGCACAAGGAUUUGACUCGGAUGCCGCAGACGCGCGCCGCAGCCACGAAGAAUUGGUUGACAUUGGUUUCAGCGAAGACGCGUUGUACGGAGGCUCCCCGCGGGAGUCGCCGAGCCGCGGAGAAGACGGAGGAGGCACGCAGCGCGGCCUGCAUAAGAGCGAAGGCGGAGGGUGGGGAGCGGCCGGUGCGCCGUCGUCGACAGAGCUGGCGGGCGGCGGCGGGUCGGCAGCCGACGACGAGACGAGGGGUGUCUUCUCGCACUCACCGUUCGGCGAGUCCUCGCGGACUCGGUACUCGGGGGGAGACGCCCGCGAAGAUGGCGAAGGCAUCCUCUCGGCGCCGGAUGCGGGCGUGUUUUCGGGCAGAACUCGAAACGCAUCGUCUUCCGAUGAUCGCGCGUCCCCGGGGUGUACGUACACAUCAGCGGGCGAGCCGGCGACUUCCACAUCGCCCGCCUCUGAGCGCGUGGCUGCUGCGUCUCGACACUCGGAGCAGGACAACGAGGCGUUGAGCGAUGACGAGCAGACGGCGUUCGCGGCGCGCGGCCGGGAGUUUUCGUUGAAGGCGUAUGCCUCUUCCUUCUCGACUUGUGCGACAUCAGACGCGGGCAGUGACGCGUCGCUGGCGUUCGGCAACGCGAGCAGUGCGCUGCUCGAGAAGUCUCGCGCGUUUGGCGACGAGGGCGCACGCAGCCCGUUGGGCUUCUCGGCGGCGACAUCGGGGCGUGUGGGAGGAUGCGGGUCAUUUUGGCCUGCGUUUGCGUCGCCGUUCGUCUCCUCGUCGCUGAUUCACUGGAGAGAAAUGCUCAAGAUUGUCGCCAAUCGCCUCUACUACUCGCGCUUCACCGCCUACCUGUACCUCUUUGUCUUCCUCGUCAACGCAUGGGUGCUGGUUCGCUGCCUCACGCUCUCCGUCGUCGACUUCUGGGUGGUCGCCGCGGAGAUCUUUGUCACCAUCAUGCUCGUGGUGGAAGUCUGUCUCCGGGCCCUCGUCGUGGGUCGGCCAUUUUUCUUCAAGUUUGAAAACAUCUUCGAUAUCGCCGUCACGGGUCUGUGCGUGGCGCUGCUCUGCGUGAGCGACGACAUCUGGGGUACGAUCGCUGGGCGCGAGCGACCGCCACCAGAGGAAAUCGACGACAUCUUUCGGCAGUCGCUAACUGCCUUCCGCUUCUCCACGCAGCUCCUCCGCAUGGUCACCAUCGCCCUCCAUCAGAAACGAUCAAAGCUGCCGACAGACGACAUCGACUUCUCAUAUUUGGAGGCGCAAACGCGAGUGCCCUACGACGACGGACUCUAG